AUGUGCGACGCGGCGGGUGACGGCGGUGGGUGCGGGGCGGACACGGAACCGCCGCGGCGCCGCCGCGCACCGGGAGACAGGUGUGAACGCCCCCGAACGUGCAUGAAGUGCGGGCAGGGCACGGCCGCCCUCGUCAUCCGCGUCGGGGACCCCUUCUGCCGGGGCUGCUUCCGUGACUACUUUGUGCACAAGUUCCGUGCCAUGCUGGGCAAGAACCGUGUCAUCUUCCCGGGAGAGAAGGUGCUGCUGGCAGUGUCAGGGGGCCCAGCCUCCAGUGCCAUGGUCCGGCAGGUGCAGGAGGGGCUCAGCCGGGAGGCGGCCAAGAGGCUCCGCUUCGUCCCUGGCCUGGUCUACGUGGAGGCAGCCCUGGCACUGCCCCCCUGCCUUCCAGAGGGAGCCGUGCGCAGGCAGAGCCCGGAGCAGCGGGAGCAGACCCUGGCUCAGAUGGAGACCCUGCUGCAGGCCACCGGCUUCCCCUACUACCUGAUCCACCUGGAGGAGGCACUGGAGCUGCCCCCAUCCAUCCUACAGCCGGGGCUGGAGCGCGCCAGCACAUCCAGCCCAUCCGGCCCUUCCUACAAGGAGGCUGUGGACAGCUUCAUCCAGCAGCAGCGGCAGGAUGGGGACAGUGGCACCUCUCUGCCUGGUCACAGCACCCAGGACACGCCAGCGGGACCCUCGGCCACCCCUCGCCUGCCGGACGCUGCCCAGACCCAGGAGCUGCUCCGCAGCUUCGAGGCCGCGGGGACGGCGACGGCGCGGGAGGAGCUGCUGGAGAUGCUGCGGACCCACCUGAUCGUGCAGACAGCCCGGGACAGGGGCUAUGCCAAGGUGAUGAUGGGCGAGAGCCUCACACGCGUGGCCAUCAAACUCCUCACCAACCUCUCCCUGGGGCGCGGCGCCUUCCUCGCCGUGGACACGGGCUUCACGGACCAGCGCCACGGUGACGUGAUGGUGGUGAGACCCAUGCGGGACUACACGGCCAAGGAGAUCGCCUUCUACAACCGCUUCUUCAGCGUCCCCACCGUCAUUGUGCCACCCCUCUUCACCAAGCGCCGGGAGAAGCCCAGCAUCCACCAGUUGGUCGAGCGCUUCCUGCUGGGACUGCAGGAGGAGUUCCCCUCCACCAUCAGCACCGUGUACAGGACGGGCGAGAAGCUGAGCCCGGAGCCAGCCAAGGCCAGCAGCGAGUCCCAGCGCUGCCUCCUCUGCCUCUGUGGCCUGGACACCGAUGGGGAGGAGGAGUUGGCUCUGGAGCCCACGCUGAUCUUGGAGGAGCCAGCAGCAGGGGUUGAGAGCAAAGCUGCCUACAUCCCCCUGCUGUGCUACAGCUGCCGCCUCACCUUCAAGGAGCUGGGUCCCCUUGACACGCUGCCCCCCUACGUGCGCGCCGAGGGCCAGCGCAGGAUCCGCAGAGCUGAGAUGGAGCAGGACCAGGAGAACCAGGAGUCCAGCAAGAGCUGAAGGGGUUGGGGACAGCAGGGGACACACCUCCAUCCCACUGUGGCACUGCUGGGACAGGUGCCACUCCUCAGGGACAGCCCAGAGGGUGCUGAGGAUUCCUGACACCCAGGCAGCUUUUAUACCCCAUUUCUGUCCCAGCAAAGGGCAGGGAGAGCCCUCAGCCCCUGUUU